ACGAAGGAGAAACGGAAACAGACGCUCCUCGACAUCCAGGGGGCUUCCUCAAUGCCGCUGCACCUGGCCACCAUCAGUGCUGUUGGCAGGCUUUUGCCACCGGGAGGGUGGCAGUGCCCGGAGGCAUCCCUCCCUCACUGGGGGAGGGUCUGGGGCAGUUGAGAGGCAGAGCUGCCCCCCCACACUGCCUGGACAGGAACCAGACUAUUAACGCCCCACCCGCUUCCCCGCUCUGUUUUCCAGAGACCGACGGCAGCCGCCCGCCCAGGGGCACUGACAGCAGGACGGGAGCGGCGGCCGAACCGAGCGGCAGCGGCUCGUCCGGAGGGGGGCUGGUGGAGGAGAGAUGGGUUGCGGCCGAGCCUCCCGCACCAGAUCCUGAGGGGAGCCCAGCCGUGGUCGCUGACCAAGCCUCGGGGCUGUCCCCUGCGUCCCGCCUGGCCCUGAUGAGGACUCGGCGGAAGAAGCUGGAGCGGAUGGAGACGCUGAUGGAGGCCGUGCUCCACGAGGCGAAGGAAGACCGCGAAGAGGCCAGGCGUGACCGGGAGCUCAACCGGCGAGCGCUGCAGGCAGCACAGAAGGCGCGCGAGAGGGAAUGCGAGGCGGCCCAGCGCGUGGCACAGGCUGUGGAGCAGGAGUGCGCGGCUGCUGGAGAGGAGCGAGCUGCGCUUCAGGAGGCCCUGCGGGCGAACAACGAGCUCUUGCGGUCUGCCGUUGCAGCGCUCCGUGCCGUUGCAUGGUCCCGCUCCGCCAGGCUGCGGUGCCGCCGUCACCCAUGGCCGGGGAAGAAGCCUGCACUGGCCGAAGCGGCUGCAGGGGCUUCUGCGUGCCAGCCGGCGAUUGUCGAUCUGACUCGGGGUGAGCUGAGUGUGUGCCCCCUCGAGGACGGGGCGCUAGGAGACGGGGAGGACAUGAAGAAGGCCCCGGGGCCUGCCUGCAGCUCCAGCCCGGCAUCUGCUGGGAGUGCUUCUCGGGUGCCUGUGGAGAGGUCCCCUUCGCCCACGUCCGGCACCCCGGCGGUGCCAACGUCGGCACUGCGGCUUCCAGAGGAGGCUGUCGUUGUGCCAGCCAGGACCUCUUCCCGCUGCUCCCAGCCCUCUCGGGAGACCAUCGGAGCAGGACCGCCACCCACCCCCUGCCCCUGCCCCUGCGCUUCGGAAGAGGCUCCCCCCCAGAAGGUGGGGGCAGAGUGCCCUGCCUCUGGGCCUCAGUCGUCUGGCAGGGGACCCCUGGCAGGCAGCGUGACUGCAAAUGUGGGCCUGGAGCCUCCAUCUAAGAAGGCAAAGGCUCCCGUCGCCUUUGAAGAGGUGGCCGUGUACUUCACGGAGGAGGAGUGGGCCCUGCUGGACCCAGGCCAGAAGUCGCUCUACAAGGAAGUCAUGCUGGAGAACUAUGGGAUCGUGGCCUCUCUAGCUCCGGGUCUCUUCCUGCUUUCCGCUCUCUGAAUUUACCCCCAAAAUACUGCGGCCGUGUUGACAUGUGGACCGGGACUUCCUGACUGUGCAAGGUGUCAGCCCGUGGAACAGCCCGCGACGUACGGGUGAAUUCUGCUUCCAUGGAGGGUCACCUGCUGAAGGUGCCAGUCGACCCGGCACUGAGCAGGGGCUGGGCCGGAUGCCCUCUAGGAACCCUUCCAGCAUCUGGAUUCUCAGAUUCCAGACUCGUGAAGGAGGAGGGUGGCUGUCUUCACCUCUGUCAGGAAUGAGACAGACCCAGAGCAGUUAUAGGAGGAGAAGUGUUUUUUGGGGGGGGGGGGGGGCAUGUUGUUAAAAAUCGCAAUUGAAGCCCCGCCCACUUUGUACAUGGAUGUGCAAAGGGGGUGGAGCUUCAGCCAUGGCACCCUGGCCGGCACCUCACAGAUUUUGACACUGCUUCGCACUGGCACCCCUGCCUAGGAACGCAAAGAAUGAAUAAUCUUCCCGUUCACAAUGUAGAGAAGCGGCUUCAGGGUCGGCAUUAACGCUUUGGAGAGCUCGAGGUGGCGGCUGAAGCAUUUGAAGUUUUGCAGAGGGGAUGCAAAGAGUCAGGAUGGGGAGAGGCCUGUGCGGCCAUCCAGGCGUGGAAGAGCAUUUGUUCUGUGCACAGACCGUGGAGCUCGACCGCAGUGCAAAGGUUGAGUCAGCGCCCAAGCUCCCGAAUAGCCUAAAACAGCGUUGCUCAACCGCAGCGGCUUUACACUGUGUGGACUUCAGCUCCCAGAAUUCCCCAGCCAGCCAACACUGGCUUAAGCUAAGGAACCGAUCCUAGACACGACCUGAUGGGAGGGGGUUGCAUUGGGAACAUGGCACGGUUUUGCCCUGCACAGAGAGGGAGGGUUAACGUGGUUUAAUAGCGCAACGUAGGAAUCAUCUGCAGCCUGAUGCUGGGCGAGUGUCACACAGUGGAAAGGGGGGUGUAGAGUUUGCAGAAAGGAAGGGGCAGAAAAACCUGGGUUGGGGGAGAGUUACUGCUGAGGCUCCAGGCUGGGUUUUGUUACCAGCAAGUCUGGCUCCCAGCUAAGCAAUGUGCUUGGUAACUUGCCAUCUUGGUUCAUUGUAAGACGGUCUCAGCCGCUGCAUACGGAGGCCUGGGCCAUCUGCUCGUCCUGCCUGUUCCAAAUGGGAGGGAGGGUCGUGGGAGCCCAAACGCUCCCAGACACACACACCCCCAAAUGAGAGUCCGGCUGCCUGGAAGCUCCAGAGCCGAGUCCCUGCAGCGUUCAGACAUACAGCUUGGUGGAAAGGCUGCUGGCUUUGGAGCAAGAAUCUGUGUGCCUUGGCAGAAUUAGGCACUGUGUGCCCAACGCUGCUGUUCGCCUGUAAUUUUUAGGUUCUGGUAUUUCAGAUGUAGCUCUGCAGAACGGUAAGGCCACCCGGGUGCUGCUGGACUUCAGACUUCCCUUUUCAGUGAUUCAUAGGCAUCUCCAGCUGAAAUUGGUUUUUGCGGACUUACACAAAAGGUUGUGCCCGAAAUCGUGAUUUGUGGGAAACAGCCAGAGAACAGAGGAUGUUUUUGGCAGGGACUCAUCCCUGCCCAAUCCCUGCAACGUGCUCGGUGUGUGUGAUCUCUGAGGGCUGUAGAAGGACUUCACAAGGUAUAGAGGACUGUCUUAAGACACGGAGAGCAAUUGGGUCUCCUCUCCUGACUGAUCAGAAAGAGUCUGGGGGCAGUUUUCCAGCCUGGGGAGUGGAAUAAAUGGUGCAGAAGCAAGCACUUUUGGAAUCUGGCUUCUAUUUUAGGGGAGGAUGAGAAUUUAGAACAUGGGAAAACAAGAAUACAUCAUAGAUUUAUACCCCAAACC